AUCGUAACUUAGCUAGGCCCAGCGGGAUCAGAACUAUUCGACCCCGCAGCCCCUCAUCCCGUAAUCCAAGAAACCCUUGCCCUACCACGAGUUUUCCCUUCGCUCUUCGCCCUUCCCUCAUCUCUCUACUCAAACUCAAACCCCAACUCCCCACUCUUUCUUUGGUAUCGUACCCACCUCACCGGCUUUACAGUAUCCUUUCGCAACCUUCCUCUUACCUUAAAUCUCAAUCACCACAGAAAAAAGUAUGGUCAAGGCAGGUGGGUACUCACUUUCCGUUUACAUCCCACUUGUUAUGGUUCUGACCACAAAUAGUUGUUCUCGGUGCUUCCGGUGGGAUUGGUCAGGUGAAUUGCUUUUUGUUUCCUUAUCCCACAGGCACGUGAAGGAUGAGAACUGACAAGAGUUUAUUAACAGCCUCUCUCACUGCUUUUGAAAGCGAGUCCCUUGGUCGAUGAUCUCGCCCUUUAUGAUGUUGUCAAUUCCCCUGGCGUCGCUGCAGACCUCUCACAUAUCUCCUCCCCAGCCGUAAGCUUCCCAGCAGUCGGCUUAAUUUCAUUCAUAUAUUGAUCUGGCUUGCAGAAAGUUACUGGCUAUCUUCCUAAGGACGAUGGCCUCAAGAAUACUCUCGAGGGUGCUGAUGUUGUUGUCAUCCCCGCGGGGAUUCCGAGUAAGUUAAAUCUCUAAAUGAGCCAAAAUAACCCUUUCUCGGGACCUAUUCUAACGGGCCUCCAGGAAAGCCGGGAAUGACCCGUGAUGAUCUCUUUAAGAUCAAUGCUGGUAUCGUCCGUGAUCUUAUCACUGGUGUCGCCGAGCACUGCCCCAGGGCAUUCAUUUUAGUUAUUUCGAAUCCAGUAAACUCCACAGUUCCCAUUGCCGCUGAGAUUCUUAAGGCACACAACGUUUUUGAUCCGUCCCGCCUUUUCGGUGUCACUACGUUGGAUGUCGUCCGUGCCUCGACCUUUGUUGCCGAGAUUACUGGUGAAGACUCACGCAAUAUUGUCGUACCAGUAGUCGGUGGACACAGCGGUGAUACAAUUGUUCCCUUGUUGAGCUUGACCAAAGCUUCAGUUUCUAUUCCAACAGACAAACGUGACGGAUUGGUAAAUCGUACGUCUUUGCUUUGCGUACCCUUGCUAGCCUAAAGACCCCACUAAUGCCAGCUGUAGGUAUCCAAUUUGGUGGCGAUGAGGUUGUUAAGGCCAAGGAUGGCGCUGGCUCGGCCACUCUUUCCAUGGCAUUUGCCGGAUACAGGUUUGUUGUUCCUCGACCCGGCCAUGUAGCUCUAAUACUAAAUGUUUUUCUGCUAGAUUCGCUGAGUCCGUUAUUAAGAUAAUACCCCUCAAAUUUAUAUCCUAGUGGCAGAUGCUAACAACCACAAACGCAAUUGGCGGAGAAAAGGGGAUCGUCGAGCCUUCCUAUGUUUACCUCCCUGGCGUUCCAGGGGGUGAUGAGAUUGCGAAGGCUGUUGGUAUAGAUUUCUUUGCAGUUCCUGUCGAGCUCGGGGUAUGGCUUCCCCCCGGAACCUAAAAAUGUCUGGUCAUCUACUAACAGAUAGCAUAGCCAAACGGAGUUGAAAAGGCUACCAACCCUCUUGGAUCAGUCAACGAGGACGAGAAGAAACUCCUUGAGGUGGCCAUCAAGGGAUUGAAGACAAACAUUGACAAGGGUGUCGAGUUCGCCUCAGCUGAGCCUGCAAAGUUGUAAACUCGUUUCUCAGAGGCCUUUAAAUUAACCCUUUUAUCAGAGCGCAAAACUGACGUCACGUGACCUAACUCAAUUCGAGGGUGAAAUGUAGAUGAAAAUCCCGUUCGAGACACGGCCCGAAGUGGAUGAUACCUGUUGGGCUGGGGCUUUUUUCUACAAGGGGGUGUGGUGACACCCAUCAUUGGUGGCAUGUUUUCUGUCCUUUGUCCAGUGAGCAUC